GGAAAGAAGACUUUGCGCAGCCAGAUGCAGCACAUUCCAACUCUUCACCAGCUUGUACUUGGACCUUCCUCUUGAUGGGGAAACACUGAACUCGUGUCUUACAGUCGCAGAGAGACGCACUGAGCAGCGCUGAUGUGAGAUCCAACACGAGGAGACAUGUCUACCGCGCAAGGACUCCUCAACAGCGUCUUCUCCUGCUCCUCUCCUGCCUCCAAAGCCAUAACCAAACGGAGGCUACGCCAAACCCGGAGCCUGGACCCCGCUAUCAUACGACACUGUGACACCGGGACCGAGGCAGCGAGUGGUGCGCCGUUUUCUGGAGCCGCCGCGGACGCAGGUGCGUCCCCGGAGCGCUCGGCUGUGAAGCCGGCUUUACGCACCAAGAUCCCGACACUCAAGGAGCCCAUCACGCCGUCCCUCUCCUCUCCUUCCAUACCGCUGGAUGUUUCUCCAUCCUCCAACUUCCACUUUGACUAUGAUAUAGAGAGGCGUGCCAAAAGGAAUACCGCCGGGGAUUUACCGUAUCUGGUGAGGGGACCCGGCGCGGCGCAGUCAGGGAGCACCGGCACGCUCUUCUCGCCGCGGAGGUGGCUGCAGAGGAAAGUGCAGCCGUCCAGCUCUCACGCUUAUGUUGUGUGGAAAUCAGAGGGUGAUUUCACCUGGAGCAGCCUGUCGGGGCGGAGCGUGCGUCUGAUGCCAGUCCCGAUCCAGAGCCUGUCGGAGCUGGAGAGGACCAGGCUGCAGGAAGUGGCCUACACCCGUUUACACCAGGACUAUGAUCUGGGGUGUCAGAUCACCAUGCCAAAAGAUGGGCAGAAGAGGAAAAAGUCCCUGAGGAGGAAGUUGGACUCGCUAGCAAAAGAGAAGAGUAAAGACAAAGAAUGCAUACCCCAGGCCUUCAGUAUAGCGCUCUCCCAGGUCAUUGCUAACGACAGAACGCAUAGGCAGCGCCAGGAUGGCUAUCGUCAGGACCCUCCACAGCGCGAGGAGCAUAAGGACUCCUCUGACCUCGUCUCGUCCAUUUUACAGUUUGCCACCAAACGGCCGUCCAAUAAGGAGUUAUCCAGCAGUAACUCUUCUUUGAGUUCCACAUCGGAGACAGCCAAUGAGUCAACAUCACCCAACACGCCUGAGGCUGCACCCCGAGCACGCAGGAGGGGCGGCAUGUCAGUGGACUCCAUCACAGACCUGGAUGACAAUCAAUCCCGCCUCCUGGAGGCCCUGCAGCUCUCUCUCCCGGCUGAAACACCAAGUAAAAAGGAGAAGCACCGGGACAAGAGGCUGAGCCUCAAUCCCAUCUACCGUCAGGUGCCCCGGGUGGUCGACAGCUGCUGUCAGCACAUCGAGAAAUAUGGUCUGCAGACUGUGGGGAUCUUUAGAGUGGGAAGCUCUAAGAAGAGAGUCCGACAGCUACGUGAGGAGUUUGAUCGCGGCAUUGACGUUCAGCUGGAUGAGGAGCACAGCGUUCACGAUGUGGCUGCUCUGCUUAAGGAGUUCCUCAGGGACAUGCCCGACCCUCUUCUAACCAAGGAGCUCUACACGGCGUUCAUCAACACCACAUUGUUGGAUCCAGAUGAACAGCAGACUGUCACUCAGCUAAUGGUCUACCUGCUCCCAGCAUGCAACAGUGACACCCUACACCGCCUCCUUGAGUUUUUGUCCACCGUGGCCGACCACGCCCACGACCGGCACGACAAAGACGGACAGGAGACCACAGGGAACAAGAUGACGGCUCUGAACCUGGCCACCAUUUUUGGCCCCAACCUGCUUCACAAGCAGAAGAGCUCGGACAAGGAGUUCAGCGUCCAGAGCUCAGCGCGGGCCGAGGAGAGCACGGCUGUCAUCGCCGUGCUGCAGAGGAUGAUCGCCAGCUACCCAACCCUCUUCAUGGUGCCUCCUGAUCUGCAAAACGAGGUUUUGAUGAAUCUGCUGGAGACGGAUCCAGAUGUGGUGGACUACCUUCUGAGAAGAAAAGCAUCACAGAGUCCCGACCUGUUGCAGCCGGAGGAGCCCUUCACCCUGAGCGAGCGCCAUUCCUCCAGCGACUCCAACAAGGUGUCCAGCGGCGAGGUGUCCCCUUAUGACAACAACUCCCCGAUCCUGAGUGAGAGGAGAGGGGAACCGGGAAGCCCGGGCAGCGAGCCACUCUUCCGGGUCCCAGAACAGUACACUCUGGUGGGGCAGGUGGCUGGCUGGAGCAGGGAGCCUGGGGCCGACACUUGGGGGGCCAAAGACGCCAUAUCAGAGGAACAUGCAAACAUUUGGGGGACAUGGCACACUACGCUGAAACCAGCGCUCAAGGACCAAGUAUACACAGGUUCCCAUGGCAACAUAUCAGAGGGAAGCUCCCGCAGCUCACAGGAAGGUCUUGACGGACUUCACGGCGACGGCAGGCAGAAGGCAUUGCUUCAACGGACUCAGACAGCGUCUGGCAUCACCGAGUGCAGACCCCACCCCCCGGUGACCAGAGUGUGCACCAGCCCUCACGUGGAGGCGGGACAACCGCGGCUGCAGCUCAACGCCAACCCUUCCAUCACGUCACACCUCAACAGCACACAUCGAGCAGGCGGGCAUGGACUCAACCCGACCUCCAGACCUCAAGGCGGGGCGAACACUGGUGACGGUGGCCCCGCUGUGCUUAACGACAGCCGCUUUCCUCCCCCUUAUAGCGCCCACCAUCGACUGGCUAGUUCGCAAAGUUCACCGCAGCUCGGACCGGCUCAGCGGCCCCCUCUACAGCAGGGGAGGCUGAGUGCAGCGCAGAGUAACUCAGCCUCGACAGCAGAGAACCAAAUGUCGCCACAUAGCCCGGAGUGGCAGGACUGGCAGAGGGACCGGUGGCAGAUCUGGCAGCUGCUGUCUUCGGACAAUGCCGACGCACUGCCUGAAACGCUGGUGUGAUGUCCAACCAUGAACUCCAGCUUAAUCUCUGUAGAGAUUUCGCUCAAACGACUAAACCCCUCCAGUGACAAUCACUCCUUAUCCCUACCUUCAUUUCAUGUUUUCUCUCAGAGGCCUUCCAUCCGUUCAUCUAUGAAUUUUACCCUUCCCAUGAACCCCCUGUGCUUUUCCUGCAUCUUAGCGCCAUGGCGUUGUUGUUUACGUGUUCAGCUGCUGCCUUAUACAGACUUUUACAUCCAAGAGCCACUAGUAUUCCAUGUUUCGAAUGGAUGUUCAGACGUUGCUUCUGUGUGUAGCCCAUUAUGUUUUGAUUUGGGAGCAUUAAAAAAAUGCCCGCCAGAAAUACCUCAAAAAACUAUCCUUUCACAGCUCCUCAGAAUGUUACCACGACCAUAUUUUCUAUUCAGCAGGAGUUCGGUCUUCAUAUCUCAACAGAAAUCAAUAGGAAAACAUUUGUUUCUUUAGUUACAUUUUCAUUUCAUCAUUUUAAAGUUGUUGUUUUUUUAAACCUUUUCACCAUACAGACACUACGAUGUACCUGUUAGUAACUGCUGCUAAAUGUAGAAUUUUUGUGUGCGUACUGGUAAUGUAGUUCAGCCACACAAAUGUUAAAUUACUUUUUUCAACAUCAGAUUAUGUUUGAUGUAUAUAUACCAACAUACAUAAACAAUAUAUAUGUAAAAAUUGACAUGUAAAGUAUGUAAUUUGCCAACCUACCAAAAGAACGUCAGUCCUUUAACUGGCAGUCUAAAUGUUGGUGUUCGUCGGACUGCUGUUUAUGUCUUCAAUAUUGAAUGUAGAUGACUUCAUUUAUGGCAAAAAAUGCUUCGACCUAAUUGUAAAGCUGUAAGUUUGCUUAUGUGCUCUCGCCACGAUGUGCCAAAGUCUAUUUUUUUUUUUUUUUUUACUUCAGGAUAUUUAUCGUACAGUUGUGUUCAUUUUACCCAGUUGUUUUGGAAAAAAAAACUCAAGAGCUUGUGACACUGGCAGGUUUGGUAGGAAGAGUAAGAAGGUUCAAUUUUAGACAUACGCAUGAUGUCUUCAUCAGAAUGGUGUGAAGAUCACAUGUCCAACUAUUCAUAAUACAGCAUAGUGUGUGCAUACAAAUGCUGCAAAUAGGGCUGGGCAAUAUAUUAAUAUUAUAUUGAUUGUGAUAUGAGACCAGAUAUCCUUUUAGAUUUUGGAUAUCAUAUACAGUCUUUCCUGGUUUUAAAGAAAGCCAACGCCGAAGUGCUAAAAACGGCAGUUCCUCGAAUGGCCACUAGAGGCUGGCUCCAGGACCCCAUUACUAAAAUACCCAACAGUACAGCACUUUAUAAGGGCAUGGCCACUCUGAGUGACAGGUGGGUGAGGUCCCUUGACAAAUCGCUACCAUGGCAACAACAUUGGUUAGGGUAUGUAAAUAUGGCGUAAUGCCAGAUUCACAGAGUAUAGGCGUCGCCGUAGCUGUCACUAUUUGAGUGUGUAACACCAAAAAAAGUUGGUAACACUUUACUUGAAGUUAUCUACAUAAGAGUGACAUAACACUGUCAUAACAUGACACGGUCAUGAACCAAGCAUUAUGUACAUGUCGUAAACGUUUAUGACUGCUGUCAUUGAGUGUCAUUCGGUUAUUGUAAUGACAAGUUGACAUUGUUUGGGUUGUCUUGAUUAUGACAACUUGACAUUAAUUAAAGUGACAUUACCAGAAGUUGUCUUUGUCAUGACAAGUUGACAUUAAAUUUGUUUGGGGUGUUCUUAUAAUGACAACUUGACAUUAACCAGGGUGACAUUACCAGAAGUUGUCUUUAUGUUAAUGUCAAGUUGUCAUAAUCAAGACAACCCAAACAAUGUCAACUUGUCAUUACAAAAACCGAAUGACACUUAAUGACGGCAGUCAUAGCAGUCACGUUUAUGACAUGUACAUAAUGUUUAUGACAGGUUCAUGACAGUGUCAUGUCAUAAUUAUGACAGUGUCAUAUGACUCUUAUGUAGAUACCUUCAAAUAAAGUGUAACCAAAAAGUCUUGUUCAGUGUUUAGUUGUUCUUAAAUCCCCUCUAAGGAGUCUGUUGUUUAGUUUUUGGGAUAACUUAAUUUUGCUUUAAUGGUUUUAAGCUAGUUUUUCAGCAAAACUAGCAAAAAAAAAUAGCAUUAGCAUCGUUACGGUCAACCAUAACUGUAAACGAACCAUCCUAACCAAGCUAGCAGCUAGCAUUUGCCAUCACCAUCUUGGAUUUUUGGAGCAAGAAUUGAGCGUAUUUGGACAAGAUGGUGGAGACAACCCAAAAUGCCAAACUCAGUGGGUGACGUCAUGGUGUCUGUGAUUUUCGUGAACUUACCAGACUGUUCUAGCUGUUCUAUCUUUCGCCUUUACCCACUUAGUCACUAUAUCCACAUUACUGAUAAUUAUUAAGCAAAAAUGACGUUGUCGCAAUGUUGAUAUUGGGGUAUUUGGUCAAAACUAUCGCAAUGUUUGAUUUUCUCAAUAUCGCCCAGCCCAAACUGCAAUAAAAAAAAAAACGUAUGUGUAAAUUGUAAUUUGAUUUAUGACGUUAUACAUUCUAUUUGGUAUCCAAAAAUGGCCAAACCUUGAGAAUUAUUUGGAUGAAUUCUUUGACCUAACUCCAGCCUGGAACUUUCCGUGUUGGAAGUUCACUGUAUUUCCACUGAAAGUAUGACAUUUGCUAAGAUCACAACCUGAUCAGAAAGCUAUGAUUAUGGUGGUGAAUGAUGAUAUCAGCAGUAAAUCCAUUCACAUGACUGAUCCAUUUUAUUAUACCUCCCAUGCUAGACUGAAUACGGGGUGCGCACUCAUUACCUGUCAGAGGCUUGAGGCAGUUUUUUAAGAAUCAUUAAAAUUCACAGAGAUUUAAUGAUACUGCAGUGUUCCUACUGAGGUGCUAGAGAGAAUAAAGUUUGUUCAUGUCUCAUUUCAUUUGCAGUAUUGUUGCUAAUGCAGAUGGGGAAUCAAAACCGUUUUGCAUACACCCACAACCAAAUGUCCAAAUCCUCUCAAAUGUCACAGUCAAGUGGGUAUUUGCUGGCAAAUAUUUCACAUUUUCUCAAGAUAUGGUGUCAUAUUUGAAGCCACGUCAGCAAUAUAUAAACUUUUUCCCCCUUUGAUUUGCAAGGAAGUGACUUUGAGAAGUCACUGGAAGAAAGCCACACAAGUGAAAGAAGUGGAAGGACUGUGGUCGGGCCUAUGGUGCCAUCUAUUGUCAGCCCAUGUGUAUGAGCAUGUUGCUGCUUCCCACAGUUCACUGUUUCCAUGGGAUCAAUGUGUGCUCAGUUUAGAAUUAGUUAGCUUGUGAUUAUAAGCACCUUUUUGUGAAAUGUGUAAAUCCGUGAGGGAAUAAACGUGCCAUAGGUCUUGCUCUUGAAAGUUGUUUCUCCAUGCGUUGCUCAAGGCUCAUAUUUUGUGAAGAUUUUGUAUUACUUUGUUUUCUGUCGAGUGUUGUAAUAUAUAAAUACAGUAUAUCAAUUUUUAUUCAAGAAGAGAAAAAGAAAAAAAAAAAAAGAUGGAAAGAAUAAUCCCAAUGGUCCUAGCUUUGUCUCCCCAAACCAAGACCAUGUUUGUCUUGUUGACUUCACUAUGAAACUAAGAGAAACUUAGUGUUAUGGUGUUUAUUGUUGGUAUUUUUGGUGGGGUUUACUGGGUCCAAGUUGUAAUGGAAUGUCUGGUAAUUGCUUUUGUACUGCGUGUCAUCAAUAUGCUACAGUGGAAUUAAAUAUGAUAAAGUUUA